AUGAUUGUGAAUCGAGGUACCAGACGAAUCAAGGAAUACCGCAUUCUGCUUGGAAAUACUACUGUUAUUGAUCUCCUGAAGUCAAUACUUCUGACACUGGAACAACCAAGAUUAGUGACACAUGGUACAAUUUUUUUCUACAUAGCUCUCGGCGUUGUGCGUUAUCUGGGCUCAUCUGUUGUUUUCAUCGUUCAGCAGAUGGCACUCGUUAUGUCGUUUCUGUCCAUGUUUGCUGUCUCAGGCAACAUGUCUGAAACUUCCGGUUUCCAGGUUUGUGCACUGGUUUCGGAAUGUAAUGUAGAUGAACUCAAAGAAGAGCUUUUUCGAGAGACAGGGAGAAAUUUUACGAAUAAUGUGGCAUCUGGAAGUGAUCUCCGUCAAAAACCUCUCGGUUAUGUUGUAGCUGCGCUUGUUAGCUUACCCAUGUUCCCAAUUUACAUUAUCGUUAUUUAUUUGCGAAGGAAGGUGAAAUUUUAUUAA